AUGGACAACCUCCCUCAGGAACUGAUUAUACGAAUUCUCGAGUUUUGUGAUGGGGACGGAAUCGUUCAUCUCUCCCUAACAUGUAAAACCUUUUCUCAAAUUAUAAACCAUUCUAAAAUAUUCGAGCUGCAGCGUGAAUUGCAGUCAAGCGGGUACCAGCUCUCUCAAAGCGGGCUUCAACUAAAGGAAGCGGGGAAUAUCGUAGCGCUACUGAACGAAUUUCGCAAAUUCCGAGACGGCUGGCUAUAUCUCAAACUCGGAAAGCCUCUGAUGCUCGAAUCCACUGAUCCCGAUAUGCGGCUGUACGAGUUGGGCCAGGGAUACUACGCCGCGGCUCUCUCUACGUCCUUUGCGCUACCUGGGGUCAUCAAGCUCACCAAUUUGCACAACGGUUCGUCGACCAAGCUGUCCCUCGGUGUACAGUUUAGCGAGUUCCAGAUUGAUAUGAGCCAGGAGCUUCUUGCUCUGGUCGCUAUCGAGGCGCAUGUUACUAGAAGUUCAAGCAUUUAUCUCCGUUCGAGCGAUACUGGACACUCGCAUCCUGCUGCCCUCCACCCUGACUGGACUGUUCAGUUGCCGUUCAAUGUGGAGCGUAGAUCGAGCGGUAUUUUUGUGGAGAUUAUGGAUGAGCUUCUGGCGGUCAAAUACGUUUCGAUCGAGAGGGACGUGUCCAACAUCUUGAUAUGGAACUGGAAAUCUGGACUCUUGCUCAAUCGUAUUGAAUGUCUCAGCAUGUCGUGCACCUUUGGCUUUCUCGGUACCGACAGCUUGCUCUUGUCCCAAUCUAUAAAAGACGCCGGCGUCAACGUCGUGGUGUACACCAACGUACGGUCCGCGAGCGUCCCGUCUCCAGACUCUCGUGCCGUGUUUGAUAUCUCGCAGUACCCGAUGGCCAAGCCGAGCUUCGAGUUUGGUUUUCCCGAGUUUUCCCAGGGCGCUCAUGCGUACUUGUUAAUGAGGUCGGAACCCGCGCCGACUCUCGGAUCGACCGGUCCAGCGAAAUUCAUGCCUCGGCCUAGUUCGCGCAUCGUUCAGCUCAGCAUGUCGGUUGUUCAGAGUGUGGGUCCUCAGCGCGGGCUGCGCCAAUACCACAUCUUCCUUAGUAAAACGCAAAUUCUCAAGUGCAUGAAGAUGUACGACGACGCGCCUACCGCCAAACUUGGUCCCGGUUCUGAAGCCGACUCCGAGUCGCCGAUACGAAUCCCCUGGGAACGGUGGGGCGAGCACGCUACACGGUGGUUCGGCACACCGGCGGCCAUGAGUCCCUGGAUCUGCCGGACGCACGGAACCCGGUUUAUCCAGGCACACCCUUAUGUCGGUGACGACGACGGCGGCAACGAGCAUCCGCUCGAGUACCUCUCCGUUCUCGAGUUCCACCAGCCAACGAUUCGACGAAUGGCCCAGCUCGGGUGCGACAAGCAUCUCUCCAUGUGGAAUUCGGAGCAAGGGCGGCAGCACAUCGAUUGGAACAGUCCAGACGAGGUGCUCGAGUAUUUUACCAACUCGUUGCGGUCGAGACCGAACGUUGCGGUAGAGGAUGACGCCGUGUUUGUUGAUAUCAUUGACGAGACGGUGCCUUCGUAUACGCCGUUCAACGGACAGAUCCUCGUGACGCGUCUCCCCUAUCGAAUAGUAACCCGGAGACGGCCGGUGCCCAAACAUUCUGGCUGGAUGAUGGAUAAUAAUCUUAUUAUCGGGAUGCCGAGUUGGCAGGGAGAUGAACUGGAGAAUAUGCAAAACGAACAUAUGACGAUAUAUACCCCGAUGGCGUGA